AUGGCCGAUGUAAACAACACUAAUAUUCUCUCCGGCUCUGUGCACUCUCAUCGUCUCCUUCUCCUGCUCUUCAUUAUUUUCUUGCAUCUUGUGGCCUCUUCGUGUAAGUCCGAUGCAGAAAUUCUUCUCAAGUUCAAGACAUCCCUCGAGGUUAACAACGGUGCAUUAUCCAAUUGGGAUCCCACCACACCACCAUGCAAUGGGGAUAAAGAGAAUUGGGAAGGUGUUCUUUGUGAUCAUGGGACUGUUUGGGGACUUAAGCUUGAGAAUAUAGGAUUAAGGGGUAACAUUGAUGUCGAUACCCUAUCCGAAUUAACAAAUUUGAGGGCAAUUAGCUUGAUGAACAAUAAUUUCGAUGGGUCAUUGCCAAAUUUGUCUAAAUUGGGUGCCCUCAAAACCAUUUAUUUGUCAAAUAAUAAGUUUUCGGGGGGGAUUCCUGAAAACUUGUUUGAUGCCACACUAUCACUCAAGAAAAUUCAUUUGUCGCAAAAUAAGUUCUCGGGUCAAAUUCCGGUAUCUCUUACGAUAUUGCCUAAGUUGAUGGAGUUGAUGCUUGAAGACAAUGAGUUUGAAGGUCUAAUACCUGAAUUUCAUCAGGACAGAUUGAAAUUGUUUAAUGUAUCUAACAAUCAAUUGGAGGGUGAAAUCCCCAGCAGCCUCAGUCAGAUGAAUGCUACAGCAUUUUAUGGAAACAAAGAUCUGUGUGGCGCGCCAUUAGAAUCAUGUUCGUCCCCAGCAAAACUCUCUAUUGGAACAAUUAUCCUUGUUUCCAUACUCGUGGCCGCAGCAAUAGCAGCACUAAUUGCAGUUGUCGUAAUUCUUUCCCGGCAUAAACAAACAUUAGGACGAGAAGAGGGGAAUGCUCCCCCGGGACAAAGGAAACUAACCUUGGCCGCCGAUUUAGACAAAAUGGAACAAGGGUCAGAAAACUCUGCACACAGCAAGAAAUCUGACCAGAAUGUGAAGCUUACUUUCUUGAAGGACGAUCAAAUACAUUUCGACAUGACAACUCUGCUGAAGUCCUCGGCCGAGAUAUUAGGCAGCGGAGUUUUUGGGUCAUCUUACAAAGCCGCUCUUAAUGCUGACCAAGUUAUGGUUGUGAAAAGAUUUAGGCAUACGAAUAACGUUGGAAAAAGAGACUUUCAUGAACAUAUGAGAAGGUUAGGCAGGUUGAGCCACCAGAAUCUGCUUCUGGUCGUUGCUUUCUAUUACCGGAAAGAGGAGAAGCUCUUGGUUUUCGAUUACAUUGAAAAUUUCAGCCUAGCUUUCCAUCUCCACGGUAAUCGAACUCGUGGCCAUCCACGCCUCGACUGGCCAGCCCGGUUGAAGAUUAUCAAAGGAGUAUCUGAAGGCCUUUUGUACCUCCACAAUGAACUCCCAAGCCUAAUGGCAUCACAUGGUCACCUAAAGUCCUCAAAUGUACUUCUUGACAAAUCCUACAAACCCCUUCUCACAGACUAUGCAUUGAUUCCAGUAGUCAAUAAAGAACAUGCACAGGACCACAUGACAGCAUACAAGUCACCCGAAUUCAGGCAGAGUCGACGGAUCAUGCGAAAGACCGACGUGUGGACCCUUGGAAUACUAAUUCUUGAGACCCUCACAGGGAAAAUCCCGUCAAACUUCUUGCAACAAGGCAAGGAAAGCAACGUUGAUUUGGUGACAUGGGUCGAGUCCCGGCUGGCCGGGGACGACAACAGCAAUUAUAACAUUGAUCAAGUGUUCGAUAAAGACAUAGCAGGAACAAGAAAUAGCGAAGGCGAAAUGAUGAAGCUAUUGAAGAUAGGAUUACAUUGUUGCGAGGCAGAUUUGGAUUCGAGAUGCAAUAUAAAAGAGGUUGUUGAAAAGAUUGAGGAAGUUAAGGAGAAGGAUACAGAUGAAGAUUUUUAUUCUUCCUAUACAAGUGAAGGUGAUAUGAGGUCUUCAAGAGGAUUGUCUGAUGAUUUCUUAUUUAUCAAUACUGGUUGA